ACCCGCCGUUCUAACCAAGCCGUACAGAAUGUUGCCGUGCCGCCUCCGCCUCCGCCUCCUCAAACGCUCCCUCUCCCUCCAAAUCCCUCGCCCUUCUUUGCCCCUCGUCAUCACUACUAGGCUUACCGCCGUCAAAAAUCUUUCGUCUCUCUUCGCUCCAUCCCCACAAAGAAGCUUCGCCAAAGGAAGCAGACUCCCUCCCCUCCUCGGCCACGCGCAGAGGCGGAGGGAACGGCGCUUCUUCUGCGCUCGGACCAUGGAAAUGGACGACGCCACCAGUUCCAAUGCGUCCCUCUUCUCCUCCUACCUAUCCGUCCGCAUUCGCUGCAUGAAACGCGACGUUGAUACACUUUCUGAAGCUCUUCUGUGCUUUGGUGCUAGUUCUGCUAGUGUCGAUGAAUUAAGCAAUUGUGAAGAGCUUGAUGAAAUCUGGAUUACAUCCAUAUUUCCAGAUGGCCAAGAUGUGGAUGCAUGUGUCUCAGCUGCUACAGGUUCCAUUGGUUUAAACUAUAAACCAAAUUAUGAGAUCUCAGUGGGUGAGCAAUGUGACUGGGUUACAAAUGUCCAAGAAGUUUUUCAUCCUACUGAAGUUACUGAUGGUCUUUGGAUUGUUCCAAGAUGGAGAAAUCCCCCGGAUUUACAGGCAACAAAUAUAAUCCUCGAUCCAGGUAUGGCUUUUGGGACAGGGGAGCACCCAACAACUAAGUUGUGUUUGUUGUUGCUGCAUAGGCUGAUAAAAGGAGGAGAGCACUUCUUGGACUACGGAACAGGUUCUGGAAUACUAGGAAUUGCAGCAGUGAAGAUGGGAGUUACCUUAUCUGUUGGAAUAGACAUAGACCCCCAGGCAGUGGCUUCUGCUCGUCAAAAUAUUGCCUUGAAUGACAUAGAUUCCAACAGAAUGUUGGUUUACUUGGUUCCUAGCAAGGCCAGCUUGCCAUACUUCAACUCUCGAACCCAGGAAAAUCCAGAAGAGAAAACCUUGUAUGACCUUGAAUUGGGAGCUGCAAAGGAAAAUUUUGACAUUGUCAUAGCAAACAUACUUCUGAAUCCUUUAAUGGAAUUGGCAGAAGAUAUUGUUACUUAUGGGAAACCUGACGCAAUAAUUGGUCUCUCAGGAGUUUUAUCUGAGCAGGUACAGCAAAUCAAAGAGAUCUACUCCUUGUACCUAGAUAAUAUAUCAGUAUUCGAGAUGGAAGGCUGGGCCUGUCUCUAUGGCACGAAAAGAAAAAUGUGAUGCUUUGACCAUACUCAAAACAAAUCAGCAUUUUAACCAAGCAGAAGAUUGUGGAAUGUUAUCCACAGAAUAUUGCAUUUCCUGUUUCUACAGAUUUUACAAGAUGAAAGUUGAAAGAUCCUUGAGUUCUGUAUUGCUGUGUAUUUAAUUGUAGUUACCAGGAUUUCACUGUUGUACAAGAUAAAUUAUACAGCAUCAAGGUGGUUAGUGUGAUCAAUGUGGUCCAUGAGAAACAAAAGGUGAACACUGUAGACUCCACAAUUCUUCCAUUUUCAAGCAUUGGUUCUCAUCAAAGAUUUGGAGGACAGUAUUCCACUGUGAUGGACUGACGGCUGGCAAUAUGUUUCUUGUUUGACUAUCCUUUGUGCAUUUUGUCUGGUUGUGUGCUACUGAGAUACUGCUGCUUUUGUUUGCUUGAGUGAUUAUUAUUAGAGUUUCCUUCGAAGAGCAAUUCUUGCUUUCAAACCU